AUGUCCCUCGACUUCCGGCCUUGCGAUAAUGCUCGACCAAAAUGUAUGCCUUGUGUAAAGAGCGGCCAUGCAUGUUUCAUCGUUAGCCUCGGUGGGACUGUUCCGGUUUCAAGAGAGUAUAUUUAUGAACUAGAGCGGCAUGUGCAAGGUCUCCAGACAGAGAUGACCGUUGUGGAAGGUCGAGAGGUGGACCUGGGACAUUCUCACUCCACAGCACCAGUGACGGAGAGCCCAACACCGACACGACCUGGAAGAGAUAAUCAAGCGUUGGAACCUUCGAUAGCAAUACAGAGUAAUGACGUGAUUUCAUCACCCAGUAUUACGGAGGGGGUCGGGAUCAGUUUUAUGAGCUUGCUUUUCGCUGAUGCCAGGUGGAGAGACCAAAACCUAAAGCUUUUGCAAAAUCUCUCCCAAUCUUCUGGCAUUCUGGAAACUUCGGUACAGCCGAAUUCUCUUCCUCCUGCUGAGGAAGCAUUAGUGGUGUUCAAUAACUACUUGAAUGGAGCCCAUGUGCAGAACCCAUUCCUGCUCCGCCGAGAUGUACAGAGGCUGUACCAUUCCGUCUUUUCAACAGGCCAAGCUGUGCCUUCCUCACAAGUACCAGACCAUCUGACAAAGCACGACGCCUUCCGUACCUUCAUGAUUCUUGCUGUUGGGUCGGUCAUGUUAUAUCGAUCCGGCGUUCAUAAGCACCACCCGUACGGCUACUUUCUCACAGCGUUGCAGUACAUCGAUACGAAUAUCUUGUCAAGGGGGUUGGAUUCUAUCCAAGAUCUAUUAUUUGUCGUGAGGUUCGGCAUCUAUCAUCACAUCGGCACAUCGAUAUGGGAGUUGACCACACUAUGUAUGAGGAUGUGCAUCGAGCAGGGUCUUCACAAAUUACCUCGACCGACUAUGAAACGCAAAAUAACUCUUCUGCAGGAGCAGUUGCAGCGCCGGAUCUUCUGGGAAUGCUACAUGAUCAGUCAGUACAGCUCGAUCACAUUGGAUCGUCCAGCUGCAAUUGCGGAUAGGGAUAUCCAAGUUGGGCUUCCUGCCGAUGCCGAUGAUGAAGAGAUCGAUGCCGCUGAGGCAUCUGGAUCGUUCUCGGAUCUGGACUCUUUCUGCAGAGCCACUACAAGGCCCACUACGACGGGGAACACCGAGAUGACGGUGUUUUUCUAUUGCCUGCGACUGCGCAAAAUCACUUCUAAGAUUCGGUCCAAGUUUCAACAAGGCAGUGGGUCCCCCAGCAGUGUUGGCCAUGCGUUGGCAAUGGACUCCAUCACCGCGAGCGGGAGGAUCUAUGCAGAUCUGGAGGAGUUGCUAUCGGAGCUCGAGGAGUGGCGGCGAUCAGCACCCAUUUUCUCUAAUCCACAAGGCUUAUACCACACGCAGGAAUGGUAUGAUCUGCUGUUAAUGAGGGAAAGACUGCUUCUAGUGCGCAAGGCAAUCGACCUGGUGCCGAAGCGGAACAAUAUCCCCCCAGGCGACCUCCUCUUGAUCUGUCUCGAGUACGCUGUGGGUACGAUUACGAAGUUCUGCCCUUUGUUUGAGCAAGGGAAAAUUACGUACACUCGGAGCUACUUCCAAAUGCUGUUCACUGCCGGUCUCUCGGUAAUGCUCUGGGUAUCCGUGGCAAGCAACCAUGAUGCAGAGACGAUGGCGAAGGCGGCCGAUGCGGUAAAACAGAGCGAAAAAACACUAAAGCAGAUGGGACGUGAGAUGCCGGAUGCGACUCCUUACGUGUCUGUCUAUGAGGCCUUACGAGUACAUGUGUUAGGGAAAUAUAAUGCCGCGUCCAGGACAACGCAGCAGACGGGAGGAUACCUUGGGCAGACCCAAUCUCAGUACCACACAUCACCGGGGAUUGAUGGUAUGCUUCAUAGUCAAAGCAUUGCAGGUGAAUAUCAUUCUGUCGAACAGAAUCCUUCACAGUUUGGGAACCACUGGCCGCCCCUACUCAACGAUUUAGGCACACAUCACCAGCUGGAUCAUGAAUCUUCCACCUAUGCUUCUCUUCUUUCCCGGGAUCUAUUCGGAGACAAUACAUUCUGGAAUGUGGAAGUAGGACUGGGCGAAUAUGCGUAUGGAGAUCCGAUGUUUCUGUUCUCGGGUGUAACAGAUGACAAUGUAUAA